AUGGAGCGGCGGCAGGUGAGUGCGGAAAGCGAAUUUGAUGCGUCAGUGCUAGAGGAUGAACAGCCCCGUCGGGAUUCCCUGCACACACCAGUUUUGGACGGCGGCAACACCGUCGUGGCACAAGUUUUGCGGUACGAAGCCAAUAGCAAGGGUAUGCGGGGAGGCAUCCGUCAGCUUUCUAGUACGCAGCGUGACUAUGGGGGGACUGGGCAGCUGCAGAUGGUGUCUCCGCUCGGUGGGGGAGCGGGAACAAUUAUCUCCGGUGUUCACCGACGGCGCUCAUUGCGAAACAGAGGAUCUUUUAUCAAUCAGGUGCGGCAUGGAGGAUCGAAGCAAAAUACUUAUGUCGUUCAACUUGAUAGCGACACUGGUGGCAUUGAGAUGCAGGAGGCCAGCCAGUACCUUCUAAACGCUGUCAAGAUGAGAGAAAAGUACAAGGCAGUUGACAAGGGGCAACAAGAGGGGACGGAGCGACUUGUGCCACCGGUAGCACUUUCCUUUGAAUCAGGCUACAUUCAAUUCAGCGGUCAAUGCACACAAAUUGUGCCGUGGGAACAAUUUUACGACGAUGUCACGGCGCUGUAUAUCACACUGCAGCACCCUGUUUGCCGCCGUGCGUGUUCCCAACGUCUGCAAGUGCUGGAAGAAAAAUAUAAUCUCUACAAGCUUUGCAACAAUGAGAUUGAGAAUUUGGAUCGUUAUCGCCGCGGUGGUGGCGUUUUCGCCAACAGCACGAAGGUUGACAAUGGUGUCUAUCUCUCUUCAAUCAUGAAUCCGCAAUGGUUAGUCGAAUACAUUCAGGAGGUGCUGGAGUUGGAGGGGGGUGAAGUGGUGUAUCUUGCUGGUGAUACCAAAGAGCCUCAGACGCUAGAGUCCUUAUGUGAACAACUGGACCUCACAGAUCCCUCCCAGAUGAGUGUCGAUGGACUUGGCCUCUCGCCACCAAGCGAAAAGCGUUUGUACCGCUACGAUGUGCUUGACCCGGAGUUGAACCGCGCUGGCCGCAAUACUGCAGAACUUCUGCGUCUUUUCCUCACGCCAGAUACGUUGAACAAGGGACGAUACUUUGCGGAAGCCGUGCGACCCAUUAUGGCAAUUAAUAGCUCACGGCAGCGAAGCAUUCAGGCUACCGAGAGCAUCAUUGAAAUCUGCGGUCUUUCCCCGGAUGACUGGGAAAAGAUGGCGAACUGGAUCCACGAAAACGGGCUGGACGAGCAGCAAAACAAUCAAUGGCUCAUUGCAUUGCCUCGGCGACAGAUGCGGAAGGAGACGACGCGUGAACCACUCGAACAUUACCAGCAGCAUCUUGAGAAUCUUUUUCUGCCGCUCUUCAUGGCGACUUUGGCACCAGAGGAUCCAAAAAACACGCAGGUGGCAUCUUUCUUGUCCCGUAUUGGUGGGUUUGUGAUUGUGUCGGAUGAGGAAGAGCGUGAAAGUGAGUUUCAGAGGAAAGCGAGGCGGCCAGCGGAGGUUUCCUGGUCAGAGAAUGUCUGUGAUCUCUACUUUGCGUACCACAUCUGGGUGAAUCUCUGUUCCCUGAACGCAUUUCGUCGUCGCAAAGGACUUGGCACACUGCAGUUACGCGCCAUUGCCGGAGGGCGUAGUAGUCAGAUGGAUGUUCUUGUUUACUCCUACCUUCUGUGUGAUAGUGUGGCAAACGGUGUUAUUCUUGAUCACCAGCCUGUGCUGCAGUAUCUCUACGGUAUCCAGCGUAUCGGCAUGGUGAUGUCGCCUUUAAGCAACAACGGUCUGGGUCUUCCAUACAUGCAAAACCCAUUUCAUAUUUUUUUUUGCCGUGGUCUGAACGUGUCACUUGCCACUGAUCGACCGUUGCUAUUUCAUCUUUCUAAAGAACCACUUAUUGAGGAAUAUGGUACGGCGAGUCGAUUGUAUCAGCUUUCCGGCAUUGAUAUUUGUGAGAUUGCGCUUAACUCCGUGAUGAUAUCGUCCUUUCCAUAUGGCACAAAGGCGGCGUGGCUGGGCGAAGCCUUAUUGACGGAAGGACCUAAAGGAAAUAUCUUUGAGUACAGCAAAGUGCCGACCGCACGCCUGGAAUUGCGGCAGGACAUGUGGCAGACGGAACUGAAUAUCAUUACCGAGGCGGCAAAGCAAAAUUCAAGUGUCGAUGAUACCACC